GGUCGCGCCAUCAGUCGCUUCGGCCCGUGGCAGUCGAUAUGAGUCGAUCGUUGUUUCUUCAUUUACCGCUACUAAUAUUACUUGGCCUCGCUCGUGUAAGAGGUGACGACGACGACGAUGAUUAUCCAAAAGUAGCGGUGGGCCGCGUCGUCUACCGAGGCACUUACAAGCAGUCCUAUCUCGGCCGAAGGUACGCCGCGUUCGAGGGAAUACCUUAUGCAGAGCCACCCGAGGGCCGUCUCAGAUUCGAGGAGCCCGUGCCGUAUCGGCCCAGAUCGUCGGGUAUCGUCAACGCGACGCGCAAGAGCGACGUCUGCGCCCAGUACUACGACGUGCCACCCAAAACGAACGGCCAGCCCGAGACCAAAGACUCGCUUCAGGGCUCCGACGACUGUCUCUACCUCAGCGUCUACGUGCCUCGACGAUUCAAUAAUGAAAAGACACCAAUGCCCGUGAUCUUCUUCAUACACGGCGGCUCGUUCCAGUACGCCAGCGGCACGGCCUUCGGCGACAAAUAUCUCGCCGAUCGAGACGUCGUCUUCGUCACGAUCAACUAUCGCCUCGGCGUACUGGGCUUUCUCAGCACCGAAGACGAGGUGCUGCCUGGCAAUCUCGGACUCAAGGAUCAGGCCGUGGCUCUGAGAUGGACGAGCGACAACAUCGCCGCGUUCGGGGGCGAUCCCAGCCGAGUUAUCCUGGCCGGAUUCAGCGCCGGUUCCUCGAGCAUACAGUACCAUCAUCUGUCGCCCUGGAGCAGAGGGCUGUUUCACGGCUCGGUGGCCAUGAGCGGGACCGCCUUCAAUCCUUGGGCAUUCGCCCAUCGCGCCAAGGAGAAAGCCCGAAAACUCGGGAAAAUAUUCGGUUGCUCUUUGGACAGCAGCAGGACGAUGAUCGACUGCUUGAAGAAAGUACCGGCUCGCGACUUGGCCAACGCGACCAAGCAGUUUCAAUACUGGCAAUACAAUCCGGAAGGUCCGUUCGCCCCGGUGGUAGAGAGACACGGGCCCCGUCCCUUCAUCUCCAAAGAGCCCAAGAAAAUUCUGGAGAGUCCCGGCGAGACGUACGACGUGCCGGCCGUUUACGGCGCCGUCAGCCAAGAGGGUUGCGAUCCCGCGGCAGAGUAUGCACCUCACGCGAAUCUGCUCGGCGAGCUCGACGCCCGAUGGACGCGCAUAGCGCCGUAUCUGCUCGAGUCGGCGGACUUCCUGUCGGACGACGAACAGGCGCGGGUGAGUCGCGAGGCGAGACAGGAGUACUUCGGCAAUAACAGCAUCUCCAAGGAGACGGCCUGGAAUCUGAUCGAGCUGCUGACCGAUCAGAGAUACCUGAUCGGCUUCGAGGCGGGCAUAAGGCUGCAGGCUCGGGCGACCAGGAGCCCCGUUUACAUGUACUAUUACUCGUUUCGAGCUAGUCAGAGUUACAGCGAUCAUCUGAGCAGGACCAGGAACGAUUACGGAGUCUGUCAUACGGACGACAUGAAUUUAGUUGUGGAGAAUCCGGAUAUAGAUCCGGCGGCCGAUGCGAACGACUUUAGAAUGUCGAAUUUCUUGAUGGACAUGUGGGAGUCCGUUGCCGUCAAUAAAGGAGUACCGAAGAUCAACGUCGAUUGGCGACCGGUCGACGGCACCGAUCCGGCCCUGAGGUACCUGCACAUCGAGGCGCCCGGUCGUUACGCCAUGUCGAGCAGCGAAAAUUUCGGCAACAAGAAAUUUUGGAAGCGCUUCUUCUACACCGCAUGAAGAAGAAAAACGAUGUAUUUUUUAUACCAUUGUACAAUCCGAAAUAAAGCAAUAAACUACAU